AUGAUUAACAGUGGCAAAUUUUAUGAAUCCAAACGACUCGAAAAUAUAUCCUUGAAGUUAGACUACUUGAAUUACAGGAUAAGUUUUGAUAGAGGUUGGCAUAAAUUUCAUGGAACUGCUAAAAUUACUACUACUACUACUACUACUACUACUACUACUACUACUACUACUACUACUACUACUACUACUACUACUACUACUACUACUACUACUACUACUACUACUACUACUACUACUACUACUACUACUACUACUACUACUACUACUACUACUACUACUACUACUACUACUACUACUACUACUACUACUACUACUACUACUACUACUACUACUACUACUACUACUACUACUACUACUACUACUACUACUACUACUACUACUACUACUACUACUACUACUACUACUACUACUACUACUACUACUACUACUACUACUACUACUACUACUACUACUACUACUACUACUACUACUACUACUACUACUACUACUACUACUACUACUACUACUACUACUACUACUACUACUACUACUACUACUACUACUACUACUACUACUACUACUACUACUACUACUACUACUACUACUACUACUACUACUACUACUACUACUACUACUACUACUACUACUACUACUACUACUACUACUACUACUACUACUACUACUACUACUACUACUACUACUACUACUACUACUACUACUACUACUACUACUACUACUACUACUACUACUACUACUACUACUACUACUACUACUACUACUACUACUACUACUACUACUACUACUACUACUACUACUACUACUACUACUACUACUACUACUACUACUACUACUACUACUACUACUACUACUACUACUACUACUACUACUACUACUACUACUACUACUACUACUACCAAUUUUAGCAAUACUAUUAAUACUACUAAUACUGUGUUGUAUGCAAUUUAUGUCGGCAGACAUAAGUAG